GCACUUUCCACAUCCAGUUGGGUGGAAUCUGGAAAACGUCAACUUCUGGUUCUGAUUUGCACUUCGAUAGUUGACUUGACUAUUUGGUUGCACAGUGUGCAUUCAAAUAACAUUUCCAAGUAACCAUGGCCGCUAAUUUCAAGGUUUUGACGGAAGACCACCAAUUUCAGGCGGAAUUAACUCAAGCUGGGGCUAAAUUGGUUGUUGCUGACUUCACCUCGGCAAGCUGAUCUUGUAUAUAUCAUUUAAUCAAGCUGUCAAGUUACAUAGCUUAAGAGUUAAGGGACCUGAAGACUGUGGUCCAAAGACGAUUAAACUGUUUAUCAACCAGCCACAUACUAUAGAUUUUGAUACAGCCGAGAAUGCUAAUGCAAUUCAAGAAAUCACGCUUUCACCAAAAGAAUUGGAAGGUGAAGUGAUCCAUCUGAAGUAUGUCAAACUUCAAAAUGUCAUCAAUUGUACAUUAUUUAUUAAGGACAACCAAACAGAGGCUGAUACCACACAGAUUUCAUAUUUACAAAUUAUAGGAUCACCAGUGCAAACAACCAAAAUGGCUGAUUUCAAGAGGGUUGCUGGAAAGAAAGGCGAGAGUCACUGAUUAUAGCGGGAUCUAGUACUUAGAUUUUUUCUGUUGAAUUUUAUUUAAAGAAUUGUUUCAGAAGACUUAAAAAUUUCAUCUUUUUAAUUAGGAAGUGAUGGGAAAUGGUCAAGUGUAGUAAAAAUAUAUUUAUAUUUUUCUAUUUUAAAAGUUUCUAAUGUAAUUUGCUUAUGAAAUUCCAACUUAGUGCCUAUUUUGUUUUAAGAAAAAUUGGCUACAGUACAUUAAAGAAAAAUAUUGUGAAUGCUUCAAAAAUUGUUGAUAAUUGUCAGUUUUACAAUCAUAAAACAAUUCCUUCCAGG